AUGUUUGCUUCUGCUUUUACCCGUGUUGCUCCAAGAUUCAGCUUGAGAGCUAGCUACCCAUUGAAAUCUUCUAUUGCUUUUGCAACCAAGAGAUUCAACUCCAGUGCCAGUGAUUUAGCUGCUGCUAACUCUCUUAAACAGGGCUCUACUCCAUUUAAAUUCAGUGCUGGUCCAAUUGUCACUAAAUAUACCGAAGAACACGAAUGGGUUUCUUUGCAUCCAGAUGGUACUGCCUUCAUUGGGAUCACCAAAUAUGCUGCCGACGCUUUGGGAGAUGCCACUUUUGUUGAAUUGCCAGAAGUCGGUGAUGCCGUUGGAAAAACCGAUACCAUUGGUGCUGUUGAAUCUGUUAAGAGUGCUUCAGAAGUCUAUGCUCCAGUUAGUGGGGAAGUCACUGAAGUCAACGAAACCGUUGCUGAAAACCCAAACUUGUUGAACGAAGAUCCAAUGGGUGAAGGUUGGUUGACACAAAUCAAGCUUGCCAAUGUCGAAGAAGACUUCACAAACAAUGAAGAAUUGAUGACAUUGGAACAAUAUACCAAGUCUUUAGAAGAAGACCAUUAG